CUCCCCCUCCCCCCGCAUACAAAAUGGGCGCAGCACAGUCAUCCCAGCCGGCGGACCAGCUCAUCCACCCUCAGGAACCAAACACCUCUGUUCAGUUCUCCCCCGCCCUCAUCUCCCGCCUAUCCACCCCCCAUGAACCCACGCCCACAUCCACCACCGACGACGUCGUCCGCCGCCGCCUCGCCGCCGAGUCCGCCCACCUCCGCGCACAGGAAGCAGACAUCCUCAGCGCCAUCUCCGCCGCCCUCGAAAAGGAGAACCUCGACAGGGAAAAGCCCGGCAUGAGCGCCCACGUCCUCGCCAGCGAUAUCGACCACAUCAGGGAAAAGAUCGAGCGCAUGAAGGACAAGCGGAACAAGGAGGGCGACGGCGUCAAGCUCGCGCGGCAGGGUGUCGAGACGUGCUACCGGGCCAACGGCGACAGGCCACUGGACUGCUGGAAACAAGUCGAGGCGUUCAAGGCAGAGGUCGCCAAGCUCGAGCAGGCCUUUGUCAAGUCUCUUCAAUAGAGAUCGUAUGUUAAACAAGGUUCUCAAGUCUCUUCAGUAGAGAUAUGCCAUUCUCUGCCGUUGUCCUGCUCGCUGCUCGCUCUGCCACUGACAUAUGCAUCAUCGACAUCCACCAAAAAAAGCUAAAAACCAAGUGACCUGCGGACCAGCACAGAACGUGUUGUGCGUUGUAAAAUGUCUACUUUCUACCGUCUCCCCGCGCCCAAACACUGAAAAAAACAAG